AUGGCGCAUGUGGGGCAUGUAACCAGCAGGGUGUUGCGCGGUAGGACAGCGCUUGCUGCGCAGUCUAUCAUGAGUCGCAUGACGCGCUGUGGCGCGCUCAUCCAUCCUCGUUUUUGCAUGGCAGAGAUUGCCAUCCAGCAAGGCAUGGACCUGCUGUUUGGGCCGGAGGUGGCGCACGUGACGAGCGACGAGCAGGCCAUAUUCAUCGACCUGCCCGCCAACAUGCUGGGUUGCUUCCUUCUGGGCAUGCUGGGGGUGGUGUUCCUGCCAGCCCUGCUCAAGCACUCGCGGCACCUGGCAAUCGGGUUGGUGGUGGGGCUGUGUGGCGGCAUCUCCAGCUUCGCCACGUGGAACCAGCGCAUGCUCGCCAUCGCCACUGCCGGCCUCUGGGUCCGCGCCCUCUUCGGCUACUUCGCAGGUUCGGUGCUGCCCAUCAUCUCCCUUGUCGUGGGGGCAGACACCGCCCAUAACCUCCGCUCUCUCCACUCCUACCUCUCCCACCGCACCCCUUCCCCACACUCCACCCCCUCCCCUUCUCUCCUUCCAACCACCACUCCCACACUCCCUCCCUCCUCUCCUCCAAACCCCCCUUCGCCCUCACAUCCCCCCUCCCUCUCGCACCCCCCCUCCCCCAUUCUCUCCCCACCAUCACCCGCUCGCCGCCACCUCAUCCCCAUGCUGCUGUGUGCACUUGUCCUCUGGGCGGCUGCCAUCACCGGCGCCGUGCUCGCCGCCGCACACAGCGCCAGCCUGCAGGCCUUCUGCCUGGCCUGCGCGCUCGCCCCCCUGGGCACGUGCCUGCGCUGGUCCCUGCUGCCCCUCAACGGGGCUGGCCUCGGGCUGUGGUUCCACGGGGCCACUGGGAGGGGGAAGGGAGCGAGUGAAGCGGCUCGCAGUGGGGUUGGAGGGAAGAGGAAGUGGGAGGAGGGUGCGGGUGCAGCUGCAUGGAUGCCGUGGGGGACUCUUACAGUUAACGUGGGGGCUGCUGCUUUGGAAGCUGCAAUUUCAGUGGUGUAUGUCGCGGUAUGUACCUACCAUGCUUGCUUCUCUUGA